AGAGCUUCGAUGGAAAACUAAGAAAGUUUAACUUUUAUUAAAAUUUCAGAUCUAACAAGAUGUCAGAAGAUGGGGCGCAAAACAGACAGAAGGGAAUCCAUAUAAUAAAACCGGUUGUUUACGGGAAUAUUUCCAAAUCCUUCGGAAAGAAAAGAGACGAGGACGGACAUACUCAUCAGUGGACUGUUUUUGUCAAACCUUACAGAAACGAGGAUAUGUCAAGUUAUGUGAAGAAAGUGCAUUUUAAACUCCACGACAGCUAUGCGAAUCCGAACAGAAUAGUUACUAAACCACCAUAUGAGGUUACAGAGACGGGUUGGGGAGAGUUUGAGAUCGUUAUAAAGAUAUUCUUCAACGAUCCCGUGGAACGACCAGCAACGAUCUUUCAUGUGUUGAAACUGUUCCAGCACGGUCAACCCACAGAUGCAGCUGCCCUUCUACAACAAGGGAAGAAAGUUGUAAUUUCUGAGUUUUAUGAUGAAAUUAUUUUCCAGGAUCCAACCCAAUAUAUGCAACCUCUCCUGACCUCAACCCGACCCAUCUCUCUAGGAGCCUACAAGCACGAAACAGAUUUCGAGGAGAAAAAGAAGACGACCUUAGCAUCGAUAAAGAACGGGCGCACAAGAGUACAAGCUGAAAUAGAAGAUCUUAAAUCCAAGUUAGAUCUGGCAAAAUCAACAAUAAGUAAGUUUAAAGAUGAAGUGAACAAAGCUCAACAAGAAAGAGGAAUUGAAGUCAGCUGAUGAACACAUCUUUGUCAGCUGACAGUCCGGUCUCAAUCGGCUGAUAGUUUGGUCUCAACCAGCUUAAAAAUUGAUAUCAAACAGUUACCUGAUAAUUGAAUUCUUAAAGUACUUAAUAAUUCAGUUUUUACGCCAAAAUACUGUCUAAUUUCUUUAAUGUUAAGUGGUUAUUGCAAGUGGUUGAUUAAAAAUCUACCAAUAUCAAAUUUCUAUAGUUUUCUUAUUUCAG